UCAAGCAGAUCACCAUGAAGGUCUUUGUCGUUCUCGCCGUAAUCCUGGCCGUGUCCAGUGCCGCCCCGCAGUUUGGUGGUGGCAAUGCCAACGCAAAUGCCAAUGCCGCUGCCAAAUCCCAGGGUGAGGGUGGAUUCGGUGGACCAGGAUUCGGCGGACCAGCUGGUUUCAACAAAAGAGAAGGACCAGGUGGAUUUGGAGGACCAGGUGGAUUUGAAGGACAAGGUGGAUUUGGAAGACCAGGUGGACCUGGAGGAUUCGAAGGAGGAUUCGGAGGUCAGGGUGGACCUGGAGGAUUCGGAGGUCAGGGUGGACCUGGAGGAUUCGGAGGUCAGGGUGGACCUGGAGGAUUCGGAGGUCAGGGUGGACCUGGAGGAUUCGGAGGACCAGGGGGAUUCGGUGGUAACUCCAAUGCCAACGCUGAUGCCAAUGCUGUCGCCAACUCUGGAGGAUUUGGCGGUGCUAAUGCCAAUGCUAACGCUAAUGCCAAUGCCAACUCCCGAGGAGGCGGUGGUAAUGCUAACGCCAGUGCCAGUGCAACUUCCAACUCCUUCGGUAAAUAAGCAACAGGAUCCGA